AUGAACGCAUGGAAUCGCGUACGAGUCCUUCUUCCGUCGGUGGUCGUUUUCAUCGGCGUCAUUUGCUUGUUACUGGGAUAUGUACGUGAGAAGCAAACCACGUUAGCGUUAGCACCGGCUAUUGCGAGCUCUGCAGCGCUCUCUGCAGUACCGCGGGCGUCACGGUUGCCGCUGCCGGUACGCGUCUCCGUGAGCACGCUUGCGCGAGCUUCGGAGGGCCCCGUCGAGGCACCUGCCAACCCGAACGAUGUGGUCUCGGCUUGGGGGAACACAGAGCGUUGUGAAACUGUGGUAAAGCGAGUUUUUGAGAAAGCACGUAUCGACCGAAGCUCCGUCGGGGAGAGCACCUGCGGUCUUUGGGGAACCAGGGCGCCCGCGUUAGACUCGGGCAGCCUCGAGUACGAACGCGUCCUACAACGCCUUGAAGCGGAACAGCAAGAGCAUCUUGAUCGCGCGCUACUCUACGCCUCCCUGUACCUGUUGCGUUUUUCGCAAGCGGAGAGACUCGGACAACGUCUGCACGCUUUACGAACGCUGCGGGAACUCUGUCACGCAUGGCAGCACGCACUCCGUCUCGGGAAUCUGGGGGCAAUACCCCUGAUCACACAAGCACUUGAGGAUCCGAAUGCGCUUAUACGCCGCGAGGCAGCCUAUGUGCUCGCAUCAGCAUCUCAGAACCACUACGAGUUCCAGCAGUUCGUGCGGCCAACGGCACCGGAGCUGCUGCGACAUGCCGCUGACUCCACUGAAUGGUUGCCUGUUCGAAGUGCUUGCCUACAUGCUGCGCUGGCUAUGGUUGAAAAUUACCGCCAUGACUACGGCGAAAGUACCACGGAUUCCGCCCUGCGGAUCUUUGAAGAAGCGUUGGAAAUCUGCUCGAAGUUGUGCACGGCUGCAGUCCAUGAACGAGCAGAUAUGAACCGCUUCGUUCGUCGCUCCAUCACAUUCAUACGCUACUUGUUGUGCAUCUCGUCUCGGUCGGGAGACGAAUCCGUGUCGACGCUUUUCUUGCGAGCAUUCGAUCAAUACGCUGAACGACACGCUGUGCGACACCGGCUCGAGCAGACGCUCCGUAGCGCCUGCGUUGCCUCCGAUGCGAGACUCGAGCUCAGCGCGUUGAUGCAGGUAUUGCGCUCGACACGAAUGCCUGCCCUCCCGGAUGCAGCGAUGCUGAAUACCCUCGCUGGGCGAGGCGAGUUCACCGGUUGA